UACUGCGUCUGCGCGAGCCGUCUCGAGGCUGGAACCGCAUAGCCGCUGCGGGCCGUGGAAAGAGUGUCUUGGAAUAGUCCGCCGACAGGUACAGGCGGCCUUCUCGAAUUGUGUUAAGGGCCAGGACGCGACACCCCUGCGUCUUUAAGGGCUUCAGAUUUGGCUUCUGCGGCCGGCUGGACUCGCUGCUGGUAGGCCCGGACCCUUCCCACUGCUGAACCAACGGGAACGCGGUACCUCCGUGAAUCUGCCAAUAGAGAGCGCUCGGCCGUGGGCAGGCGGGGCCUCUGAGUCUUCCAGCAUCUGGAGCCCAGCACCUGACUCUGAUUGCUUGCUCUGUGGAAAGCCCUUUUAGGGCACCCUCUUCAUAUAAGCACCUGCCAUCUACCCCAUGAGUCACCUUGAGAAACAUGCCACCAUCAGGAACAGAACCCACACCAAGCCUAGUGACUCAGAGUCUCCCACCCAUCCAGAACAAGGAAGAGACAGAAGCUCCUGGGACUUACCCUAAUCUGAGUGUCCAGCUGAAGCAGCAGUUCCCACCACCACACUCCCAUGCAAGAACUAGUCUGACCUUGGACUCUGUAGUCCUGGAUGCUGUUGAACUCCCAACCCUUCCUGCCUCUGUCUUCCCAAUGCUGGGAUUGCAGAAGUACCAGAUGCCUGAUCCAGCCCUUGGAGGAGCUUCCCUAAGCACAAAGCUGGCAGCUGGUGCUUUCCUCAUCAGGGAACUUCUGCCCUCUGCUGGUCGAGACAGGGGAAACAGCUCAGUGCCACCUUGAAAUCCUGAAGGAGACGAAGGCUAACCCUUUUCCAGUGCUGACUGUUGAAGCUGAUGUAUCAAUGCUUCCAUUCCCUGAACUGACAAAGUUUCCUUUAUGAAGCAGAUUUAAGCGUCAGCUUGCUCAGGUCGUUUCUCCAUUGCCUGUCUCUUCGGAUUCAUCACCACUAUGCGUCAUGCUUCAGGUUUAGGUCCUGCUGGGAGAAUGUCAGAUGAAUUUUUGUUGGCAUAUGUGAGCAACAUAAAAGCUGGCCCAGCUCCUCAAGGCUGGCUAGGUUCCGGCCCUCGGAGUAACCUAAGUGCUCCACCAGCUGUGCUGUCUGGACUACCACUAAGUGCAGCACCCUCUGCUUUGCCUUUUCGACCAGCACCAACAGGAAUAUAUCCCUCCAUUCCUCCAACUGGACCACCACCAGGAACCCCAGCAUCCUUUCUUCCUCCUGGACCCUCAUGUCCCCAACCUAGUGGUCCUUAUCCAGCCCCUGCUAUACGGGGCCCUGGUCCCACAGGGCCAUAUGCUACACCAAAUAUGCCCUUUCCAGAGCUACCUAAGCCAUAUGGUGCACCCACAGAUCCAGCUGCAGCUGGUUCUUUAGGUCCACGGGGAUCUGUGUCUUCUGGACUUUGGGCAUCAGGAAUGGGAGGGCAGCAUCCCACAGCUCUUCCUCCAGUGUCAGGAGCACUGCCUGUUCCAUGGGGUACUGUGCCACCGGAAGCCUGGGGACCACCAGCACCAUAUACUGCCCCUGCAGGAUCAUAUCCCACACCAGGACCCCGUUCUUCUCCAAAUAAUCCAUACCAAGUACCUUCAGGACCUUCUGAUACUCCGCCAGUGCCUGGUGGCCCCGAUAAAACGAGCGAAGUGCCAGGUGGCUCUUCCCGUCCUGAGGCAUCCAGCCAGGAGAGCAUCCCAGAGACCACUGGACAAACGAAGCAACUGAAGGUAGAUGACAAACUCAUCAAGAGGAGGCGUCCUAAGAAGAAGAGUAAGCCAGUAACUUGGGGAGACAUCAAGACUUUAACUCAUGAAGCUGAGACCUUGGGGAAACAACAAGGGCACAAUACUACUGACCCAAAAAUGAUGCUGUUAUGUUUAAUGACUAUAUUACAUGUUAAUUCUCAGCGUAGCAAUGCAGAAUCAAAGUGAUUUUUGUCAGCGGGGAUAAAAGGCACACCUGUAAUACCUGUAAUAAAUAGUAUGAUGUUGUUUUGCCAAAACAAAAAGACCAAAAAAAAAAAAAACAAAACACUACCACCAGUCAACUUUUUUGUUCUGGACUUUGUCCAUCUUUGUGGGCUUGGUUGUUAGUGGGGCACCUUCAAGGGACAGCUAGGCACUCAGGUUUCACCAGUAUAUCAACCAGCAUCAAGUUCUGGCCCGCUCUAUUGCAGAGGACACAGAAGCAACAACAGCUCAGGGCUUCCCAGUACCCUUGUUCUCCGUUAGGAUCUGUCCCUAUUCUUCCAGGUCAGUGACCAGUGAUCAGGGCCGCAACACUUCCUGGGUUCCUAGUGAAGACCAGGCCUAAACCAGGAAGAAGCUGUCCCUGAAGCUUGGCACCUGCCUCUUCUGAGACCCCUUACCCUGGACCUUCCAGUUAGGCACUCCUCCGCCUUCACCAAGUUUCCUUGGUUGGGGUGUCAGGGUUGCCUCAGAGAGGCUCCCCUUUUCAGAUGCUACAUGCACUUUGUGGGUGACGUGCUGCUACAUGUGACCUUGUUAGAAGGAAAAUACUGACCGU